AUGUCUCGGCGAAAGCAGCGGAAACCUCAGCAGUUAAUCUCGGACUGCGAAGGUCCCAGCGUGUCUGAGAACGGUGAUGCUAGCGAGGAGGACCACCCUCAAGUCUGUGCCAAGUGCUGCGCACAAUUCACUGACCCAACUGAAUUCCUCGCCCACCAGAAUGCAUGUUCUACUGAGCCUCCUGUAAUGGUGAUAAUUGGGGGCCAGGAGAACCCCAACAACUCUUCAGCCUCCUCUGAACCUCGGCCAGAGGGUCACAGUAGUCCCCAGGUCAUGGAUACAGAGCACAGCAAUCCCCCCGAUUCUGGCUCCUCUGUGCCCACAGAUCCCACCUGGGGCCCAGAGCGGAGAGGAGAGGAGUCUUCAGGGCAUUUCCUGGUCGCUGCCACAGGUACAGCGGCUGGGGGAGGCGGGGGCCUGAUAUUGGCCAGUCCCAAACUGGGAGCAACCCCAUUACCUCCAGAAUCCACCCCUGCACCCCCUCCUCCACCACCUCCCCCUCCGCCCCCAACUGUAGGCAGCGGCCACUUGAACAUUCCCCUGAUCUUGGAAGAGCUUCGGGUGCUGCAGCAGCGGCAGAUCCACCAGAUGCAGAUGACCGAGCAAAUCUGCAGGCAGGUGCUGCUGCUUGGCUCCUUAGGCCAGACGGUGGGCACCCCUGCCAGUCCCUCAGAGCUACCUGGGACAGGAACAGCCUCUUCUACCAAGCCUCUACUACCACUCUUCAGCCCCAUCAAGCCUGUCCAAACUGGCAAGACACUGGCAUCUUCCUCCACCUCCUCCUCCUCUUCCUCAGGGGCAGAAACACCCAAGCAGGCUUUCUUCCACCUUUACCACCCACUGGGAUCACAGCAUCCUUUCUCUGCUGGAGGGGUUGGGCGAAGCCACAAGCCCACUCCUGCCCCCUCCCCAGCCCUACCAGGCAGCACAGAUCAGCUGAUUGCCUCGCCUCAUCUGGCAUUCCCAAGCACCACUGGACUCCUGGCAGCACAGUGUCUUGGGGCAGCCCGAGGCCUUGAAGCUGCUGCCUCCCCAGGGCUCCUAAAGCCAAAGAAUGGAAGUGGUGAGCUGGGCUUUGGGGAAGUGAUGGGUCCCUUGGAGAAGCCUGGUGGAAGGCACAAAUGCCGCUUCUGUGCCAAAGUAUUUGGCAGUGACAGUGCCCUGCAGAUCCAUCUUCGUUCCCACACGGGUGAGAGGCCCUAUAAGUGCAAUGUCUGUGGCAACCGCUUUACCACCCGUGGCAACCUCAAAGUGCAUUUUCACCGGCAUCGUGAGAAGUACCCACACGUGCAGAUGAACCCACACCCAGUGCCAGAGCACCUAGACUAUGUCAUCACUGGCAGUGGCCUGCCUUAUGGUAUGUCCGUGCCACCAGAGAAGGCAGAGGAAGAGGCAGCCACUCCAGGUGGAGGUGUUGAGCGCAAGCCUUUGGUGGCUUCCACUACAGCACUCAGUGCCACAGAGAGCCUGACACUACUCUCCACUGGUGCAGGCACAGCCACAGCUCCAGGGCUCCCUGCUUUCAAUAAGUUUGUGCUCAUGAAAGCAGUGGAGCCCAAGAGUAAAGCUGAUGAAAACACUCCUCCAGGGAGUGAGGGCUCCGCCAUCAGUGGGGUGACAGAAAGUGGCCCAGCAACCCGUAUGCAGCUAAAUAAGCUGGUGACUUCACUACCAAGCUGGGCACUGCUUACCAACCACUUCAAGUCCACUGGCAGCUUCCCCUUCCCCUAUGUACUAGAGCCCUUGGGAGCCUCACCCUCUGAGACAUCGAAGCUGCAGCAACUGGUAGAAAAGAUUGACCGACAAGGAGCCGUAGCAGUGGCCUCUACUGCCUCAGGAGCUCCUACCACCUCUGCCCCUAUACCUUCUUCCUCAGGCUCAUGUGGACCUAAUCAGUGUGUCAUCUGCCUUCGGGUACUGAGCUGUCCUCGGGCCCUACGCCUGCAUUAUGGCCAACAUGGAGGUGAGCGACCCUUCAAAUGCAAAGUCUGUGGCAGAGCUUUCUCCACUCGGGGCAAUCUACGUGCACAUUUCGUAGGCCAUAAGGCCAGUCCAGCGGCCCGGGCCCAGAACUCCUGCCCCAUCUGCCAGAAGAAGUUCACCAAUGCUGUCAGUCUGCAGCAGCACGUUCGGAUGCACCUGGGGGGUCAGAUCCCCAAUGGUAGUACCACACUCCCUGAAGGUGGAGGAGCUGCCCAGGAGAAUGGCUCUGAGCAAUCUGCAGUCUCUGGGGCAGGGAGCUUUUCCCAGCAGCCAUCUCAGCAGCCAUUACCAGAAGAGGAGUUGUCUGAGGAGGAGGAGGAAGAUGAGGAGGAAGAGGAAGAUGUGACUGAUGAAGAUUCCCUGGCAGGGAGAGGUUCAGAGAGUGGAGGUGAGAAGGCAAUAUCAGUACGAGGUGAUUCAGAAGAGGCAUCUGGGGCAGAGGAGGAAGUGGGGAUGGUUUUAGCAACAGCCACAGCUGGGAAGGGGAUGGACAAUAAUGAGAAAGCAACUCAACAGUCUUCUCUGCCUCCACCACCACCACCACCACCUAACAGCCUGGAUCAGCCUCAGUCAAUGGAGCAGGGAAGUAGUGAUGUUUCAGGAGGCCAGGAAGAGGGGGGCAAACCAGAGAGGAGCUCAAGCCCAAAGUUAGCUCUCACCCCAGAAGGGGAGGGCACCAGCACCACCUUGGUGGAAGAGCUGAACUUGCAGGAAGCAAUGAGAAAGGAGCCAGGAGAGAGCAGCAGCAGGAAGACCUGUGAAGUGUGUGGCCACUCCUUUCCCACCCAGGCAGCUCUGGAGGAGCAUCAGAAGACCCACCCCAAGGAAGGGCCACUCUUCACUUGUGUCUUCUGCAGACAGGGCUUUCUGGAGCGGGCUACCCUCAAGAAGCAUAUGCUGUUGGCUCACCACCAGGUACAGCCCUUUGCCCCCCACGGCCCUCAGAAUAUUGCUGCUCUUUCCUUGAUCCCUGGAUGUUCGCCUUCCAUCACUUCCCCAGGGCUCUCCCCCUUUCCCCGAAAAGAUGACCCCACGAUUCCAUGA